AUGUUUGCUGCGGCUACCAAGAGCUUUGUCAAGCAAGUUGGAGAUGGAGGGAGAUUAGUUCCUGUUCCCAGCCUCAGUGAGGCUGACAAAUACCAACCUCUAAGUCUGGUGGUAAAAAAGAAGCGAUGCUUUCUCUUUCCUAGGUAUAAAUUUACCUCAACACCUUUUACACUGAAAGAUAUUCUUCUAGGAGACAGAGAAAUUUCAGCUGGUAUUUCAUCUUAUCAGCUACUGAAUUAUGAAGAUGAAUCAGAUGUUUCACUCUAUGGAAGGCGAGGCAACCAUAUUGUGAAUGACGUUGGGAUUAACGUCACUGGAUCAGAUUCUGUGGCAGUAAAAGCUUCGUUUGGUGUGGUGACCAAACAUGAAGUGGAAGUGUCAGCAUUACUCAAGGAAAUUACUACACGAAAAAUUAAUUUUGACCACAGCUUGAUACGUCAGGCAAGGAACAGCAGAAAGGCAGUAUUGUGUGUGGUCAUGGAAAGCAUUCGAACCACACGACAGUGCUCACUGUCUGUGCAUGCUGGAAUUCGUGGGGAAGCCAUGCGGUUUCAUUUUAUGGAUGAACAGAAUCCCAAGGGAAGGGACAAAGCUAUUGUUUUUCCAGCACACACAACCAUAGCUUUCAGUGUUUUCGAACUCUUCAUUUACUUGGAUGGUGCCUUUGACCUUUGUGUCACUUCAGUGUCAAAAGGAGGAUUUGAGAGGGAAGAAACAGCAACGUUCGCGCUGCUCUACAGACUGAGGAAUAUACUAUUUGAGAGAAAUAGAAGAGUGAUGGAUGCCAUUUCUCGUUCCCAGCUUUACUUAGAUGAUCUUUUUUCUGACUAUUAUGACAAACCUCUCAGCAUGACUGAUAUUUCUCUCAAAGAAGGGACCCAUAUCCGAGUUAACUUGCUUAAUCACAACAUUCCAAAAGGACCUUGCAUACUCUGUGGGAUGGGAAACUUUAAAAGGGAGACAGUUUAUGGGUGCUUUCAGUGCUCUGUCGAUGGGCAGAAGUACGUGAGACUUCAUGCAGUUCCUUGUUUUGAUGUUUGGCACAAGAGGAUGAAAUAA